GUGUUGCAAAGUGAAUCAGCUGCUCAGUAGGGGCUCCUUGCUACGUUUGAUGUCACAGGAUGAAAAGGGUUCACAAAUAACAGGAUUUUAACCGCAUCAGCCCAGGCAACACAAAUAGACACAGAUCCCCCACAGCCACAUUUCCUUAUUAUCAUUCUUUUACUCUAAUUUUUUCUGACUGAGGAUGACAUUUGUGUUUCGCAGGUACCGCAGGUUAUUUUCAGCACACUGCUCCUGUGGGAGGAGAACAGGGGAAGGGAGAGGAGGAACGGGCUGUCUACAUAAAUCAUCCCAGAGAAGAGACAUGUUAUGCUGGAGUUGACCCAGAAAAGUGAAAUUUUCCCCCCAUGAGCUCACUCUGCAGAAACCUCCAGCUCCAGCUUCAAACUCUCGCGGUGCUUCGCGUGCUCCCGCUCCAUCUCCCAAGAUAAAAAAGAGGGGCUCGCAUCAUCACAGGCAGGCUCAGCUGACGCGGCGCUGGGAGCUGACGGCCACAAAAGAGGCAUGGAGCAGAGGUGAGUGUUAAUCCAUGGAUGGCCAGUUACACUCCUGUGCAGCUCACUCCUGCAGUGCACCAGCAUCAUGAUAAGCCCAAUCCUAUCACAGACUCUGCUAUAGCUGCCGUUUAUCUAUCGCCAUGGUGAGAGAGAGUUUCUGGACCUUGACUCUGUUGCCAUGGUGACCCUGUAGCAAGAACCCUGGCUAUCACAUAAAAAGAUCCAGGUAACUAUUUCAAUCUGCUGCCAUGGCGAUGCUGUAAAGACGCCCUGUAUACUCGUAAGUCUGUUGCUAUGGUGACCCUGUAGCAAAGCAACAGUCACCUAUGGGAACGUCCAGGAUGUUCCGCAUCUUCAUCGUCCUGGGCUCGGCCUUCAUGAUCCUCCUCAUCAUCAUCUACUGGGACGAUGUCGGAGCCUCUCACUUGUAUUUGCACACGCCCGUCUCACCGGGCCCCAAAAUCCCACACCCCCCACCCCAGCAGCGGCCCCAGACCUCCCGAACUCCGUCCUUCCUGUCUGAUAUCGAUGCCUUCGUUAACCAGUUCUUAGAGCCGGGAACUGGUGAGCCCACAGACCCCGUCCCCGUCGACACAAGCAACCAAUCAGAGAAAGCAGAAGAGCGGUACAUACCACGGCGGGAGUGGAAGAUUCACCUGACUCCAGUGGCAGCGGAGCUCCGUGAGAGACAGGAGCAGCGGCGGAGGUUACUUCAGGAGAUGUGCGCUAAUGACAGCAUGGUGUUUUCUGGCAAAAACCGUUCAUUUGACGACAUUCCCAACAAGGAGCUAGAUCACCUCAUCGUGGACGACAGGCACGGUAUCAUCUACUGCUACGUCCCUAAGGUGGCGUGCAGUAACUGGAAGCGGAUCAUGAUAGUCCUUAGUGAGAGCCUGCAGCAGGAUGGUGUUCCCCAGAGAGACCCGCUGGCCAUCCCCAGGGACCUGGUCCACAACAGCAGCAUGCACUUUACCUUCAACAAGUUCUGGAAACGCUAUGGCAAGUUUGCAAGACACCUCAUGAAGGUUAAGCUGAAGAAGUACACCAAGUUUCUUUUUGUCCGGGACCCCUUUGUACGUCUCAUCUCUGCCUACCGGAAUAAAUUUGAACUGCGCAACGAGGACUUUUAUCGACGCUUUGCACAGGUCAUGCUGCGCCGCUAUGCCAACCAGCCAACACCCCCCACCUCUGUGGACGAGGCGUUUGCUGUGGGUAUCCAUCCCUCAUUCUCCCACUUCAUUCAAUACCUCCUGGACCCUCAGACAGAGAAGGAGAUGCCCUUUAACGAGCACUGGCGGCAGGUGUAUCGGCUCUGCCACCCGUGCCAGAUUCAGUAUGACUUUGUGGGCCACUUGGAGACGGCAGAAGAGGACGCCGAGCACCUGCUGCGCCAGCUGCGGGUGGACAACGUGGUGGAAUUCCCCACCUCCCAUAGGAACCUCACAGCCAGCAGCUGGGAGGCCGAUUGGUUCAGCACAGUACCUGUGAAGGCACGGAGAGAACUCUACAAGCUGUACGAACCUGACUUCAGGCUUUUCGGCUACGACAAACCGGACUCGAUCCUCAAUGAGUGACUCAAGUUUCUACAGGACUGACCAUGCCACACAGACAAAAUGUUUUUUAUGUCAUGAAAAAAUGCUACACUCCAACAGCAGUGACACCUCCCUUUUGUUCUGGCCUUUGCAGUUGCGUUCUUCACUCUUGUCUGUUCUACACUAAAUGUGCACAUCAUUAAGGACGCUCACUGCUCUAAGGAAGCACACUAGUGAGGUGAAGUCAGGUAACAGCCAUUAUACAUUAUUGAUUUCCUUUAUUAAAUUACAAAGAUAAUGAGAAGCACACAAGUUAGAGGACAGUUGAAAUGAGGACUGUGCAAAGGGCAGGCAUCCCUAACAUGUUACAUUCAGUGUAGUCUGUAAUUCAUAUUUCCAUGAUGAGUCUCAUGCACUCCCAAAGUUGAUGUCAACCCACCACCCCCCACCCCACGCCUGUGAUUUGUGAUGUCGCAGCUCCGUUGUGACUGUGACGAUCAAACAGGCUUUGUAGCAGGAUGUUGCAGAAAAACCUUCGCCGAAGUGAUGCCGCAGAGCCAUUCCCCUUUUGCUGUUGUGACGUCAGCACAGGUGUGGCAGUUUUGUAAAUGUGGGCGACGAGUUAAAACAAGGUGUUAUUAGAUCAGUUUAAAAAUGUAGUUGCACUAGAGUGUUAGUUGUCAGCUAAUUUAUUUCACAUUGUGUAAGUGCAAUGUUUAUGUUGAGCAUGAAAGGGAUUUUUAUGUUGUUUAAAAUGCUAACAACAGCUGUCAACAUCAGAAACAGGUAGAUUUAUUUUAUACCUCAUACACAGGUGAAGAUAUUCACAUAACACACAUACUGUUCCUCCUCAACAACAAACUGCUUCUUCAGACCUCGCUACAUUAGGUUUCAGCAUGGAGAAAUCCGUUAAAUUAUAUUUAUGGAAUAAUUUCUGAUAACAUUCUAGCAGCUCGCUUUAUUUGACAGUUUCAGAGCAUGAUAUGCAGUAAAUGCCUUAUCGUAGCCUCGUCAUGUAGAAGCACAGCAGCUCCACAGCAGCUGGAUUUGUCUCAGCUCGUCUUUGAGGCAUAAAACUGGAGUUUCAACAUUCUUUUGAUUUCAUCUCAGCUGCACAUGCCCAGGUGAGCCUCUGUGCAUUUAAACAGACAGUUUUCUAAAGGGAACAUCUUCUUUUAUUGCUGUGUUGUUACCAUGAGAUGUUAUCAUCCACAUUUGAUCGUCCUUGUGUUCUCAUGCACAAACUGCAGUUACUAACACUGAACUAUACUGGGUUACCCUGGAGACUGCAGCAGUGUUGUUGUGUGUGCCCCCCUCCCUCCUCCCCUAAAUAUGCUGAACAUUUUUUAGGGCAGCAUUUUCAUGGGAUGAAGUGUUUUGUAGCAAGGAGCUGGACACAUUACACAAAGACAGCAAAGAGUGUGUGAGUAGGUACGAUGCUGUGCUGUUGCGAAGACACAUAACUCGCCAAGUCGGGUUGAUGCUAGCAUCUAAAGUACAACUGUAAAGUUGGUGCAAGACGAGGUGUUAGUCAGUAUUAAUGUCAGAGUUUCCAAGUAAAGGCUUGCUUGUGGUUAGAGUCAGGAUUAAUCACAUCACGAUCUCGGCAAGGACUGGUUCAUAUGAUUUAUAUGAGAGGAGUGGGAAGAGAAGAUAGUGCCUUUGGUUGCAUACGUUUACACAGCAGAAAAAAAAAGUAUUUUUGUAGAAGGACUUCAUUUUUACUUAGAACACAAUACAGUGAGAGCUGUAUGAAGCCACAACAAGGUAUAUUUGAUAUACUGGGCCUUGUUUACCUUGUGUGAUUAUUAUUUGGGACAAAUAGGAAAUAACAGAGCCCUUAAGUAGAAUUGUCUGACUGUCUGGGAAUUAGUAUGAUUUGUGAUUCUGUGAGGACUCUGUGAGUGUGCUUUUUGACGUGGUUGUGUCCAGUGGAUUGCUCUGUGUCAUUUACCACAUUGGAUUACUGUGUGGUUUGUACUGUACGUGAUGUCAUAGACAUGCUUUGUGCCACAUUGUUCUGCAAGUCACUGAGAUGUUACAUGUUCACACACUAUUGACUCAGUGUUGUCUCGCUGCCUUUUGGUUUAUUUUUGUUUUUUUUAAUGAGUGUGGAACAUUUUGUCAGGGGAGGAAACUGUAUUGCUUUGUUUUUUGUUUAAAAAAAGCAGACUUUGACUGAAUGGCUUAGUCCACACCUGAAUAGGACUGAAUUAUUAAGCAUCAGUGGUUGUUUUUUCCUUCUCACAGAAAGGUAGGUUUAUGCAAAGAAAAAAAAAAAAGAAGAAAACACACCUAGUUAUCCCACACUCCCACCUUAUCAAUGUACCAAUCAAGUUAAUUGUAUUGUCAUAUCUCUUUUGUAUUUUUGUUAUGUUCUUUUACUGUAUUUUCUUUUGUGGCUGUCCAUAAGUUUUUUUUCUUCUUUUUUUCCUUUCAAAGUGCAAAACAACAACAAAAAAGCCAGACAUUAAGAGAGAAAAAUUUUGUAAGGAAAAAAGAAACUUUAUUUAUUGGCAGAAUAAAACCUAUGAGUGCAUUCUGCUUUUGUAAGGGGGGAAUCAAUCUUUAUGGGCCUUUAUUAAAGCUUAGAGUUUGACUGCUGAUAAGCAUAUUUUUUUCCCCAGUGACCUGACAUCACCACAACAUUACUGCUUUGAACAGCUUAAAUGUUUGUUGAAGCUGCAGCACCAAACCUUGUCCUACAUUUUGACCUCAUUCCAUUUCCUAGCAUCACAUAGUGGCACACACCGAACUCUAUUUUUGAGAUAGAUGUUUUUUGUAAAACAUGUAUUGUUCCAUCUCAUUGUUCCAUUCAUGGGAAAAAUGCAAAACUAUUCACUCAGUUUCAUUAUUAUUAUGGUGUCAUGCAUCAUCUCGUCUUUGUACAAGAGAAAUAAAGGUGGUGGGGCAUGAUGGAGGAUUUAUUA